AUGACGCUUGCAGGAAGAGGAAAGGGAGGAAAAGGACUAGGAAAAGGAUCCGCCAAGAGACACAGACGCGCAACACAGCAGACCAUGGGAAUCUCCAAGCCAGCAAUAAGAAGGCUCGCAAGAAGAGGAGGAGUCAAGAGAGUCAGCGCAGGCGUGUACAGCGAGAUCAACAACAUGGCCAAGACAUACUUGGAGGGAAUCAUCAGAUGUGCUGUAACAUACUGCAACCACGGAAAGAGAAAGACCGUCUCGUGCCAGGAUGUGCUGUACUCGCUGAAGAAACAGGGAGUCACCCUUAUUGGAUUCGGAUCCACCAGAUAA